GGUUGGGAGGUUUUCUCCUCUUUAUUUCUGUUCCUUAUUUUUUCUUUAAUUUUUCCUUGCAUUUAGCGAAUUCCCUCUCUUUUUUUAAAUUUCACAAUUUUCGUUAUAAUUGUAUAAUGUCAACGGGAAAUGACCUUGUUGGGCGGUGGUUCAGCAUAGACGGCGACAGUGGGAUAGUUCGGUACCACGGUGCAGUCAGCGGAACCAAGGGUGUUUGGCUAGGAGUCGAGUGGGCCACACCAAACCGCGGCAAGCACUCCGGAACGCACUCCGGGCACCAAUACUUCCAAUGCCAAAAGGGUUCCGGCCCCCACGGGUCCUUCAUCCGACAGGUCGACCGGAUGAUCUGGGGCCAGCCCCUGCUCCAGGCGGCCAAGCAGCGGUACAUUGUCGACGACCUCGCGGAGCUAAACACGCUACCGCAGGCCAUCGACGGGCGACGUGGCAAGAUCGAAGCGGUUGGUUUGGAUAAAAUAGCCAUGGAGCAGAGCGACCUACGGUCACUUUCUGUGCUUGGUCUCGACUCCUUGCGUAUUGACGGGGUAGAUGGCGACACAGAGGAGACUAAAUGGGAGCUGGCUAAUGUGCGCACGCUGUCGCUGGCCAACAACUAUUUUACGCAGUGGGAUAGGCUGCUGGGGAUCCUGCGUACGGUUCCUUUGGUGGAAAUACUGGACAUUAGCGCGAAUCAUUUCGAGUCGCCAGUAAGGGUAACCAAGGAGCGGUUCACCGUGGACACCCUGCGGGUUGAUUCCUCCGACGCGCUAACAUGGCUAGACAUUGUGAAUGUUGCGCAGCAGCUUAAUGUACGCUCGCUGUCGUUUGGCUGGAGCCAGGUGGCAGCAGUCCUGGACACACCCGUGGAAUGGUAUCUUGAGGAGCUGCAUUUAGAGAGCAACGAGAUUAAAGAUAUCUCCCCGCUCGCUCACUUGCCCUGCCUUCGCCUUCUUAAUGUGCGGGGCAACCCGAUCAGCAAUAUAACCUUGGAUUUUUCCACAGUGUGUUUUCCCCAGCUGCACACAUUGAAUCUCAGCCAUACGCUUUUGGCGCAGUGGUCGGCGGUGGAUUCGCUUCUGGGUGUUGCUUCGUUGCGCACCCUGGCUAUUGUCUCUACCCCGUUGACGGCCAAGGACAUGGCCCCGCAGAUUAUCGCACGUUUGCCGCAGAUCACGAAACUCGACGGGUCAAUGAUCACCUCGGAUGAGCGCACUGAGAUGGAACGGUACUAUCUGGCACUCUGCUCUCGGUCCACCACCACCACCACUACCGCUGGUGCACAGGAGACUGGGUCUUUGUUGGUAGAUCGGAUGGCUGCAGAGUUCCCGCGCAUCCAUGAGCUUGUCGCCAAACACGGGAUGCCACCGCCACCGGCUGUUGAGCGGGAAUCCCGGCUGAAAUCGCGCUUGGCCUCAGUUACUUUGAUGGUUGUGCGGAGUGGUGGAAAGGACGUGGUAGCUUCGGAGUCCCGAUCGCUUAUUCGCACGAUGCUUGUGCGCCAAAUCAGACCGAUAGCGGUCAAGCUGGCAAAGUGUAGGGGGUUCCGGUUGGAGGUUUCUAAUGAUAAGAUAGAGGAGGAUCAUAGGCAUUGGGUUGCUUUGGAUAACGAUACUAGACCGUUAUCCUACUAUGGUGUAGAGGACGGUUCAGUAAUAAGGGUUUUAGUGGACUAGGCUUUGUUUUUUAUUCUUGUAUAAAU